AUGAGCCUAGCCACCGUCAACAGCCAAACGCGUGAAGAGCUCGAGAUAAAUACACUAUCUCUGUUCGAUGUCCUCCAUAACUCUCUAAUCCUCCGCACCAUUGCACCCUAUUUGCCUAUAUACAGCCUCCUUCAACUUUCCGCUACCAACCAGGAUUUCCGAUCUCUUAUCCGCAACACUCCUGGUGUAUUUCGUCAUCUCGACCUCACUCAGGUCAAGAAGGCUCAGUUUGACAUCAACCCUAUCGAUAACGGUGGUGAAGUAUGGCGCAACGUUCAGUUGGAUGAAAACCUGACUGAAGAUGAUUUCUACUCUGGUCCGUUGAGAGGCGUGUUCAACGCUAUCCAACGACAAAGCAUCUUGAAAGAUGUCCAAACCUUGAUUCUCGAUGGCCUAUCAGUGACUUCUGACCUGUGCCACGAGCUUAUCAACGACACAUCGUAUAGUGUCCGCAUCUUGAGCAUUCGAGAUGUCAAAAACCUGAACCAACCCAAGCUCCGCGGAGCCCUGCAAUAUGCUUGCCGACAAAGCCGUGCUGAAAAUACGCCGCGGCUCAAGGCCUUGUAUGUGUUUGGUUCGAAAGACGUGCCAUCUACGGCGGACUCUGGUCUUCACGGACGAGAGUCUCGAGACUCCAUAAGCUCCGGGUGGAACAACAAGAGCCACAGGGCUCUCAAAUCCUCUCUGGACCGAGAAGGCGACAGCUGGUGGUCGAGGCGAGGCCGCAUAGUGACGCGGCCAAUCUCCCAAGAAUGGAUCAAUUGCAUGGCCGUCUGCGAAGGUAUCAUCGCGUUCGACGCCAUGCUUUGCCAAGGUCCACGGCACAGAAACUCUCCCGCCUUUGGUCGACCCCUGAUGAUGGCCGACAACGAACCAGCCGCGGCUACAUAUGCUGUUGGCGGCUGUGAAGGCUGUGGCAAAGCACCCGAGGGAAUGGUAUCCGAGGAGCUACGCUCGCCGCAAUGCCUCCCCCUACUCACUCCAGUUCCUAUUAUGGCAUCUUCCGUUCGGGCCGCGACCUGUCCCUCUGAACCGGGACAAUCCUUUGUGCCACGAUGUUUCGACUGUCUACGAGAACGGUAUUGCACAUGCUGCAAUAAGUGGUGGUGCGAAUCGUGCUAUCAACUUCCCGGCCAGGGACAAGACGCAGGUGUAAACAACGUCAUCGUAGUGGAUGAAGACGAUAGUGUGGCAAAUUUUGCUCAGAGCCUAGAUUUGCUAGACACACCGAAGAUCAAGAACCGCGUCACCAAGAGCUGCUGGGAGUGCGGCAAUAAUUGCGAAGAAUGUAUCAGCAAGACACAACGAAGUUGCAAGAAGUGCUGUGCCGGCUACUGCAUUGUUCACAACGAAGGUUCCUCUUCUGAAUAUUGUGACUGGUGCAUCUCUCGUGGCCGUGGCCUAGGUCGACAGGACGCCAAAUCCUCUGGUCGCAUGAUGCUUGCCUCCAAUGGCAUCCCUCUCACGCUGGCACGACGCAGAAUUCGAGAUGCGCUGACCCGGCCGCUGCUUUGA